CGUUUUAUUUAAAAUUUUCUUCAACUUAAAUAGUGAUUGAUAUUUGAAUACAUUGGGGGGGAAUGUCAUCUUGAUAUUGAUCGUUGGAAAGCUCCCAUAGAUAAACUGGAAAUGGCCACCAUCGUGGAAAACCUGACAGAUGGAGGCUCAAAGAAGGACAGAAUACGACUGGCCAGAGAUAAAAGAGAGGAGAAAGAUAGGAGCAAAGCUGUGCGGGAGCGAGCUCUCUUGGAGAAGGAACGGCGUGCACAGCAGCAGUAUGAACGCUCUCUGGUGGAGCGAGGGAAGCGUCUGGAGGAGCAGCGGCGAAAGGAGAUGCUCCGUCGUUCUGCUGUGGAGGAGAAAAGGAGGCAGCACAUGGAAGAAGAAAAGGAGCGACUGGAGGCCCUGAUGCAACGUUCCAUGGGGCGGAACCUGCAGGCGGACCAGAGGCCCAAACGCUGGACCUGGGGUGGACCUCCAGGAGGCUGCGAGGGUGAUCCUAAGAUUGCCCCGCCCUCUCCUGCUGCUUCAGCCUCCUUAGCCAAUGAACUCACUGCCUACCCUCCUGCCAGCAAAUCCAGGAACGUUCAAGAUUUUAUGAUUUCGCCCGAGUCCCCAGACUCUAUCCUGAUCAGGCAUCUCUCCUCCUCCUCCACUACUUUGCCCAAUGUGACAGAGAAAGCCUCCUCCAGCCCUCACAGGUCUCCUUACAGGGCUUCACCCUCUAGAUCCGAACGAAAGAAGGUUAGCACAUCAUUCUACGGACAGCUGGAUGACCCCAGAGCGGCCACAACCCCAAAAAGCCCUCAGACUGAGAAACCCGAAAAGAACAGCGCCCAAACCUUAGCUGAGUCAUCAAUGAAAAAGCUUGAGUCUCCAACAACACCCACUCAAAGUUCUUCUACCCACAAGAACCCCAGCACACCGAAGAGAUCAAAGUCCUGUAAGAGCCGCAUUCAGUCCCCAGCUACGGGUCAAUACCCCACUUCCCCGAUGAAGCACAGAGCCACAACGCCAUGUUUAGAGAACAAGAGGUGGGAAGGAGAGGAGAAAGGGUCCAUGGAGAUUAAAGGCUACAGCACUCUAGAGAGAAAGACCUCCAGAACAGAGAAAAUCACAAAAUCUACAAGCAAGGAAUUUGGACAUAAUGCAGAGUCUCCAGUAACUCCCACUGGGAAAGCAGGUACCACUGAUGCUGAGGAGGCCUCCAGGCUGCUGACGGAGAGACGUCGCCUGGCCAGAGUACAGAAGGAGCAGGAAGAAAAGCAACGGCUAGAAAAGGAAAGGCUCAGGGCUGAGGAGCUCCAGAGGCAGCAGGAAGAGGAGAGACAGUGGCAGGAACAGGCAGCUCGAGAGGCAGAGGAGAAAAGACAGAGACAGGAGGAGGAGCGCUGUCAAAGAGAGCUGGAGGACAGGCACCAGAGGGAACAACGUUGGAAGGAGCUCCAGGAUGAGCUGGUCAGACAGAGGGAGGAAGCAUUGCAGCGUGUUCAUAGAGAGGCUGAACGGAAGAGACAGGAGCGAGAGCUUCUGAAAAUUCAAGAGGAGCAGGAGAGACUUCAAAGGAAGAAGCGUAUUGAAGAGAUUAUGAAAAGGACAAGAAAACCUGAUGGAGAAAAGAAAGAAGUGCAGGUGGAAGUCCCAUCACCUAUAUCUGUUUCCCGGUCCAUCUCACCAUCUUCCUUGGAAACCGAAGCAGGUAACACAGUGAUAAUCAGUCCACCAAAGGCAACAUCUGAGUCUCCAGACAUAUGCCUUGUGCCACUGGAGAUAAAGAGCUGCGGGGCAGAUGAUCUCUCAGAUGGGGUCCAGUCCAUGGAUGUCAGCCCAGUGUCCAGAGAAGAGCUCGUUCCAGAAUAUUCCCCCAUCAGUGAGAUCUCACAGAACAGCAUGACUUCUGUGGCUUUGGACGAUAUCCACGUUCUGACAGGGCAGGUCUCGCAUCCCAAAGUGUCUGCUGCUCCAGCGUUUGGUGACUGCAACAAGAAUCUGAUCCAGGAUUGCAAUAGCACUGCUAUUGACUCAUCACUUUUCCAGAGUCUUAGACCGACUUCAGACAAGCUCAAUAUCUAAUGCAAAGGUGAUUGCUAAGUCAAAGACACUAUUUAAGCUUGGGGCUGGACUGAACUGAUGGAGUUGGAGUUGAGCUGAAAGAUGAGACCAGGCCUUUGUGCCUCAGCAGCUUCCUGAAUAUCCUCUGAACCGAAGAACAAGGACUGAAUGACAAACCAUGUGUUAAUAAUAGCAAAGAAGGGACGAACUGACAGCUAAUUUCCCCACACAUAAAAUAAAAUUUUGCCUGAUCCUCAUAGAUAUUAUGUUUCACACCGUUUCAGCUUAGUAUCAACAAACAAAGCAACUGUAUUAGCACGGUCCUAGUGGUCUUCUUAUUCUUGUUAUACACCUGUAGCACUGAUAAGUGAUGCACCGUGACAAUUGUAGCAGCUCCACUGUGUAAUUUGUUUUAUUUUGAGUGGCAUAAAUGACCAGCAAACUGAACAAUUAUGUGCUGAAUCUGCUAAUUGUGAUGUAUUGAAUGGCUGGCAUUUGCAAACUGUAUAUUGUGUAAAUCCAUGACUUCUCCCCAUUGUCUCAGCAAUCCGAGCUUUGUAAAAGUGGGUAUGAAUAGAUGUAAAGUGUGAUAUUAUUCCACCAUAACGCUGUUAUACUGGCAUUAAUGUAUUAUUAGUAAACAGAAGUUAGACGUUAUGGUGACCUAUACAGAAAAAAAAGUGUACUUCUAAUGUAAUUUAUUGUGUAAAAGUUUAAAAAGAGAAUUAAAAGUGCACAAUUUCAUUGUGUUAAAUAGCAUAA